UCCAUCCACCUUCACCUUUCCCUUCUAAUUCAUCGGAAAACACACCACUUCCCGCCUCACAACAGAAAAAAUGGUAUCCCAUGGUUGUUCGAGCUUCAUUUCCGGCGGCCUGUUUCUUUUUCUUUUUGGAUUUGUGUCGUUGGUUCUUCACGCACAAGCUGCCACCAAGAAGUAUCAGUUUGAUGUACAAGUGACUAACGUGAGCCGAUUGUGCCAUGCAAAACCAAUAGUGACAGUAAACGGAAGAUUUCCAGGUCCUACCAUUUACGCUCGAGAAGGCGAUAGAGUUGUCAUCAACGUCUCAAAUCAUGCACAAUAUAACAUGUCCAUUCACUGGCAUGGGUUGAAACAAUAUGCGAACGGGUGGGCAGACGGACCAGCAUACAUAACACAGUGCCCAAUCCAAACAGGAAGUAGCUAUGUCUACGACUUCAAUGUCACCGGACAAAGAGGGACAUUGUGGUGGCAUGCUCAUAUUCUUUGGCUCCGAGCUACUGUUUAUGGUGCCAUUGUCAUUUUACCCCAACAAGGAACUCCAUAUCCGUUCCCUAAGCCCGAUGGUGAACAAGUCUUGGUGUUUGGAGAAUGGUGGCAUGGUGAUGUUGAAGAUAUUGUAAAGCAAGGGAAUGCAAUGGGUUUGCCUCCUAACAUGUCUGAUGCUCACACCAUCAAUGGAAAACCUGGCCCACUCUUUCCAUGCUCAGAAAAACAUACGUUUGCCAUGGAAGUCGAGCAAGGCCACAACAUGACGGUGGUUGAGAUUGACGCUGUGUACACAAAACCCUUCACAACCGCCGUUAUACUAAUAGCUCCGGGUCAAACCACUAACGUUUUGGUCUACGCCAACAGUGCUCCGGGAAGGUAUUUCAUGGCGGUCCGCCCAUUCCAAGACGUUCCUAUUCCGGUCGACAACAAAACAGCCACCGCAAUCCUCCAGUACAAAGGCAUUCCCAAUACCGUUCUACCAUCACUCCCUCAAUUGCCAUUGCCAAAUGACACUGCGUUUGCACUAACCUAUAACGAAAAGCUCCGGAGCCUCAACACUCGUAAUUUUCCGGCGAAUGUUCCUUUAAAAGUUGACCGGAAUCUGUUUGUGACUAUUGGGUUAGGAAAAAGUGUGUGUCCAACUUGCGUUAAUGGAACCCGACUUUCUGCUUCACUUAACAACAUUACGUUUGUGAUGCCACAAACUGGACUCCUUCAAGCUCACUACUCGAAGAUAAAAGGGGUGUUUACUUCUGAUUUCCCCGAUAAGCCACCUAAAGCUUUUAACUACACCGGUGCACCUUUGACUGCUAAUCUUUUCACUUCUCAUGGAACAAGACUCAGCAAAAUUGCCUUCAAUUCUACUGUUGAACUUGUGAUCCAAGACACCAAUUUACUAAGCGUUGAGUCCCAUCCGUUUCAUCUUCAUGGAUACAACUUCUUUGUGGUUGGAACAGGGACUGGGAAUUUUGAUCCGGCUAAGGAUCCGGCGAAGUAUAACUUGGUGGAUCCACCAGAAAGGAACACCGUCGGUGUUCCUACCGGCGGCUGGUCUGCCAUUCGUUUCAGAGCUGAUAAUCCAGGUGUUUGGUUUUUUCACUGUCAUUUGGAGUUGCAUACCGGAUGGGGAUUGAAGACGGCGUUUGUGGUGGAAGAUGGAACCGGAAAAGACCAGGCUGUCCGAAGAAAUUCUCUCUUCCCCGCCGACGAAAAUCGAAUUAAGGCUUACAAAUUCCGGCGAUUAGCACCAGCCGUCUCGCCGACGAGUCUUCCUCACCGACGAGUCCAGCUGCUCUCCUUCACUGCUACAUCAUCCAUACCCAUCAUAUUUCAACAUUGGAAUUGGCCAUCACAGCAAGACGAACAGAUGGCAGAAGUCGCGAGGGGACAUGGAGGAGACGGUGGGGAUAGACCACCACACGGGGUCGCACGCGGUGUACCAUCGGGUUGCCAAUCUUCACAAGCGAAGAAUGUGAAUGUGAAUAAGCGUGGCAAAGGGAGAAACUUAAAUUUGUAUGAUGAGUAUGAAAACGACAAGCACUUAUUUUGAUCUAAAUAGGUACCGGGGCACAGACUUGUGGGAACCCCUUCGAGCGGGUAUCCAAGCAAACAUGCAAAGAGCUUAUCGAGACUGCAAGCAUGACAUGAAAAAACAUUUUGAUAGAGUUGGUGGAUAUCAUAAUGUGGAAAGGGCAAGAAGAUGUCCACUGACUGAUUGGUCCGCCGAAGCUUGGAACAAAAUGAUUGAUUUGUUAUUUUUGACUGAUGAAUACAAACGCACGUCGGCCAAAAAUAAAAUUUGUAGGUCGAAACUUCCGCACACAAGUGCUCACGGAUGUAGAUCCUAUGCUCAACGACGUUAUUUAGAGGAUAAAAUGGGACUCAAGCCGCAACAUGUUGAGGGUUGGAGACAAAUGCGCUACAAAGAAGGUUCGUGUUGGUGUAUAAGUCGAGCACAAGAAGAUUGGGAGAAAGUUCAAGAAGAAUAUGAGAAAAUGCAAAGCGAGGUUGGGUAAGGCGGAAUAGUAGACGAGGAAGAAUGUUUAGAACGUGCCCUUGGGACGAGACGCGGGCAUGCUCGCGGGGUGGGUAGGAGACCAACCGCCAACUUCGGUUUAAUUCCAAAUGAACGACCUUCCACUUCAAAAUCGUCCCAAUGUCAACCCCAAUCUCAAUCCCAAUUUGAUGCACAACAAAUGCAAGAAUACUUGCAACAAUAUAAUGCAUCAUUAGCGACAUGUAUUUCGGGCUUCCAACCACCACCAUUUCCUAACUUUCUAUUCAACUAUAACACACAAGCAAGUACCUCUCAACAAGUUGCCGAAAGGAUGGAAGAAGAAGGAGAAGAAGAAGGAGAAGAA